AAGUAGAGUCCUUAUUAAAACUUAGAAAAAAAAAAACAAAAAAAUUCUUAGAAAAGAAAAAAACUUUCACUUCCGCAUCGCAGCCAUCUCCCCGGCCAGCGCGCAUCCCCGCCGCGAGACACCUCUUUUCACACAUUCUCUGAUCGGAGUAAUUGACAUGGAAUGGGGCAACAUGGACAUGCUGGCAUAUUGAGUUAUUAGGAUAGGUGAUAGAUCCAUGAUGCUGUCAUAGUGAGUCACUAGGACUAGUAUAGUCAAAGAAAGAGCGAUGGAUUGUAAGAUCUUACGAGCCAAGAAUGCCUGAGAGUGCUCCGACCAGAGAAAGAUCGUUUUCAUUGCCAGUGUGGUCAAGAUCGAGCUUUUUGAAGCAAGAUUGUUAAAAAAAAGCAUGCUGGGCCUUUUUUUGCCUGGAUUAUAACUUUCAUGUUUUUGGACAGUGGUAACCAAUAUCGCUACGUUGACAACGUCGUUACGUUGUCAUCGUCAAUUUGCCAUUACAUUCCACCAAGUCUCCGAUCUGAAGUUGGAUCUUGUAGAAGAAAAUGCAGCAAAGAAAAUCAGCGUUGGGAAGGCCUUCUGGAACCGAUGGAUCUGACUAUUCCUACCGUAUGGUAGUUGAUUCAAGGUAUCAACUUGUUGCAAAGGGAAAGAAACGCCUCUCUGUGCUAUUUAUCAUUGAGGCUUUGUUUUUGUUAAUAGGGGUGCUCUUUGCAGUUUUAAGAGGAGAAAAAGACAAUACGACAAAUACAGUCGCCAUUUCUUCUCUUAUAGCCAGUGUCGUUUUGUUGAUCAUUGCGGAUAUAGGUAGAAGACGAAGCCGGUCGAGCUUCUUGAGAUUAUAUGCUGUUCUAUCUUCCUUAGCAAUGCUUCUCUUCACUGCUUCUCUUGCCAACCAGUAUUCCCUGCUGAAGGUUAUCCAGUAUUUUGGUAAUCGGGGAACAACCAGUUUUGGUACUGAUUUUCCUAGUCUUGAAACUGGUCUGUUGGUAUAUAUACUCGCUUUUUCACUGUUCAAGAUUAGUAUCAUCCAAGCGGUUGUUUUCCUUCUUUUUAACAUGACGCCUCCGAAGAAAGCCUCUUAGCCUCAAAGUUUUCCUUCCUCAUUAAUCUGUAUGAAUGUAUCUUUUAUUUUCCCAUUGAACUUUUGAAUGUAUCUUUGCUUUAGUGAUUGAGAGAAUAUGACUUAAGCCGAUGUAUAUUUUUUCCCCACAAAUUGUUUUGAAGACAUUUGAUGUGUUUAUGCAAAUUUUCGUUAAAUGGAUGUAAAUUCAACUA